GUAACCAAAUUUGGGUUUAUUUUAUCCCCUGAAGUUGAUAUAUCUGCAAAAUUGCUAUGUAAGUGACUGUAGACUAUGUCAAGGAAUAUUAUAUAGUGCAUGGGGAAGUGAAACGGACUUUGGUAGAGUACAUUUUCGUCAACUAUUUUUGCCAAGGAUAAGUACCCCCCCACAAGAUGGCAGAUUUGCCAAAUGUUGAUCUGUUGACUGAGAUUGACGACUUAAGUAUGUAUGUCGACGGUAAGAGCGGAAGCAAAUUUGAAUUCUUUGAUAUUAAUGAAAGUGUAGCAUUGAAUUCUGGCAUCCCAAGCCAUGGUCUCAUGGAUGAUGCUAUGCUGGCUGUCGACUCCAGCAAUGCCCUUCUUGGGGAUCCUCUGCUCAACUUAUUUCAUCAGAAUGAGUUGUUUGAGCUUCAGUCGGCAGCCCCCAGUCACAACACUGAGACUCUCAUGCCAGUUUCCCUUCCAGCUGGCUCUCCAACGCAUCCGAGUGCAUCUGACUCUGACUGCCCUGUGUACGCCAUCACUACUGCAUCUCCAAGCUCCAACUCCAGUUCAGUCGUUGGGCCUGAUUCCUCAUCUUCGGCUUCACCAUGCCACCACUCUGUUGAAGGUGGCCCCGUUAUCGUCGGCUCUAGUGGUACUACUGCUAACACUCCUGUCUGUAUUGUUGUGAAAACCAGGACCCAUUCUAUUAGCAAAAUGGUGGCUCCUAUAACAAUACAGAAACCCUCACACAACUUGGUUAAAAUCCCCAAAGUUGAGUCUACGUUGCCAUCUGGGGUUCGUAUGCAGACCAUUCGCUCUGGAGACAAGCUUGGGCCAUCAGUUAUUGCAAGUAAAACUGCAGUAUUCAUCUCUCCAACAUCUGCCAAUCAACCUUUGGUACGAACCCAAGCUUUAUCUGCCUCUUCAGCUCCUGAUGCAGCAAUUUCAACAGAAGAAAUGCCAUUCAGGUCACUUCGUGUCAAACGCCUAUCUGGGACUUCAGACAGCAGUGAACCUUCGCCUUGUGGAUCAAAGCGUAAAGCAUAUGAACUUGAACCACAGGAAGACCCGCUGAUGGAAAGAUGUCGGCUAAAUGCAAUUAGUGCAAAGCGUAAUAGGGAAUUGAAAAAAGCUCGUAUGGCAGAUUUACAGCGAAAAGUGGAGGAUGUUAGUAGAGAGCGUGAUCAGCUGGCUGGGGAAAAUGAGAGUCUUAGGGAAGCAAAGUUAAAACUAGAACAGCAAGUAAAACAUCUCAAUAAUGUUCUCAAGAAUCAGUCGAAGUUGUCUUCACUCAUUGGGAAAUUGGGACCAUCUAGUGUGAUACUUGGUGACAUAUCAGCUAGUGGAAAUGAAGAUGAAGUUAUGACAAGUGGUAUGUGUUUGCAUGUAGAUGGUGAAGAAGCAACCAUUGAAUAUUGUUCCUAUUGUGCAAAAAAAGCUGGAAAGAAAAUUUAUUUUCAAUGAGAACAAGUGCUUUUCCACCCUUUGUGAUUUGUAAUAUAAAUUGAGUGAUAAAGUGUGUUUGAAAUAUGUAAGGAAGUGUUGUGCAAUAUUUGUUUUUUCAAAUGCAAAUGUGCAUUUUGCAUGGGUAGAAAAAUAUGCCCGAUUUGUAAAUUUAUCAACAUGGUAUAAUAGCCAUGUGCAUAGUCAUAAUUUAUUGAAAAUAUUCUGUAACCCAUUAUUUUGUUAGGAUAAAAUGGUAGGCUAAUGGAAAUUUCAAGACAUUAUUCUCUGUACAGUUUUCUAUGUUAUGGCACAUAUGUAUAGCACCAGUCACUAUCAAAAGUAAAUAUUACAAACAGUAUGUGAAAAAGUCUAAAAUCUGCAUUUAUAUACAGUAUAUUGUCCUUGUUGGUAAGCCUGUGUUACGCUUUCUUCUUUUUUUCCCACAGCCAGCGGGAGGUGACUGGAACGGGCGGCAGCUGACUCACGGCACAGGUGGGAUGGGACCCCCUGAUCCUAUAUUGGGACAGGGGCCCGUCCUUACCACACCGUUGUAGCCCCCUACUAUCUGUCCCUCCUCUUUUGGUAAGCAUCGUUUAAGACGGUACCAGUACUGUACUAUUUUUCCAGCCGGUUUCAUUAUGUAGCUGAUGGUUACAAUUAUGGUGAAUGUUUAUUUACAUUAUCUGUGUGUACAGUAAUAUUAGUUAUAUAACAUUACUAUACAAGUAGUUGAACGUAUUUAAGCUUUUGGUCAUGUAUUUUUAGACAGAUUUGUUGUAUAAGGGUAAAUGUCAUUAAGCAAAGUGGAAGCUGAUUUGUUAAUUAAACCAAUUAAUAUAAAUACAUUUAGAUUAAAUUUUGUUGACUUUUACCUGUAGGCUUAUAAGCUGUCUGUUCAACCAUCCAACCAUUUGUCCAGAAUUAUCUUACUGGAAAAGAUCUUUUAACUUGCAGCUACUUCGCUGGCCACCAGUCGCUGCUCUCGUCUAAAAGUUAAGUAUGUCGGGUGAGUCCUUAAGCUUAGCCAUGAAGAUUUGCAAAAAAAGUACCUCUGAAAUUUAGAUUGCCAAUGGUUAAAAGUAUUCCCAAUUAUUAAAUUUUUUGUGUUUUGAUGUCAGUUCUCAGAUUUACCACAAUCUUUUGUCAGUAGGAAGUGGCUGGAUAUAAAAAUAUUUGUGCUUCAUACUGUGUAUGUAUGUAUAUAUUUAUAGUGUGUGUGUGUAUAAUUCAGAUUUUAUUACCAGUAUAUUGUUAUAAAUUUUUUCUUUUUAAUUAGGAAAAGUUUCCAAUCAUUGUACCAUAGCUUCUAUUACAGGAAGGAGAGGUAUGGUGGCUGUCUGCUACCCUUAUCUGUCUUUUAGACCUGUGGCAUCAGAAGUAGCCAAAAGUAUUUUCUACCUAUGACAUAAAUCAUAUAGCAAAUUGCAAACCAUAGUAGUGUGGAAAUAACAAAUUACCUUCCUGGCAUUCCGAUAAGAUGAAAUGUUAUUCCCACUCUUGUAUAUUGCAAUACAAUAUACAAUAUACUGUGUAUAUGAUUUGUGCCAUGGGCUGUGUUACUGGCUCUGCUAGGUAAUCAGAAUCAUAUGGGGCCCCAUUUCCUUUUGAGUUAGCUGACUUUUUAUUUUUUUAUUGGUAAUGUCCAAAAAUUAACAUUGAAAUUUGUUUGGGUUUUUUGUUUGACAGAAAAUGCUGCUCCUAGUAUUUACUGAGUGGCAGUUUGUCUUUGACAUACUGAACAAAUUAAAUAUUAUUCCCGCACUUCUGUGCUUUGCAAUUUGUGUAAUUUGUUUCAUGGGAACGGAAUACUAAUGGCUACUACUGGUGUUGUGGAAGGUUGAAGAAAAGAGUGUGUGUGUGUGAGUAGAAGGUAGCCACCAUUCUUCAUGUCAUGGGUAUAAUGAUUAUGGUGCUUGCCUGGUAUUUUCUGGGUCAUAGUUUUGCCUAAUAGGCAAAGAAAUUUUGCAUACAGUAUUUUCAAAUUAAUUUCCAAGUUUAUCCAUAACAAUAAAUAUAUACAGUACUGUACUGAGAAAAUGAAUUUUGAACUUAUGUAGGUUGGGAUUGAUUAGGUCAAGUGCCUAAGUUUUGACUAAAAGUAAUCAUGAUCAUAUAUAUUGUAAUGAAACCAAUUGAAUUCCAUAUGAGGAAAUGGUUGAACAAUUAAUUACUGUAUACAGUAUAGGAAAAUUGUGUUGUGUUAGGCAACUGCUUAUUUUAUUAUAUAUAUAUAUAUAUAUAUAUAUAUAUAUAUAUAUAUAUAUAUAUAUAUAUAUAUAUAUAUAUAUAUAUAUAUAUAUAUAUAUAUAUAUAUAUAUAUAUAUAUAUAUAGGGGAGACGUGUUCAAUGUAUUCGAUAACGUAUUCGAUAUAGAUAGGGGAGACGUAUUCGAUGUAUUCGAUAAAAAAUUAUAGAAUACAAUAUAUAUAUAUAUUGUAAUGAAAGAAUAUAAUGAAGAUUUAUGAAGUACUGUAUAAAAUUUUUUGUUUAUUACAUUAUAUUUGUAUAGAUAUACCAGUGGGUACAUUAGGAAUAAAAGGCUGGGUAUAAUAUGUAAUGGUUUUAAAUAGUUUAUCAAUUGCCUCCACCUGUGUAAAUUGGGUAUAAGGGUAUACUGAAUCACAAGAGGCUGCUUGUUAAAUGUAUUACUUGAAAAGUUUGUAUGUUCAUGAUUAUCCAAUAUGUAGUAAUAAUUAUUUGGUUAUGGUUCAACCAGUAAAUUUACUCAGUACAAAUACUAUUUAUUCUCAUUUUAGUAAUAAGGUACAAUAUUUGCAGGGAGAUACAAGUACUUUGCAAUCUACAUGGCUAAGUUGCACACCACAAAUGUUUGGAUGGUAAUCUUGACCGUACUAAAGAUUAUGUAUAAACACAUUUAUAUCACAUGCAUUGUACAAAUACUCAUUUUCAUCAAAAUAUUUUUAUAAAAUAAAUUAUAAUGUUGC